UACGUUGAUGACACAGUGUCAUGGCGGGCGUUUCGAUUUCGAAUGAACGUCGUCACACACCAUUGCCAUGUUCCUAUGAUAUUGUGUUUGACGGAGCUAUUCUCUCGAGAAACAGAGGGUCGCUGGUCGUUGAGCUGAUCAAAUAUCUUCUCUAUGAGCGCCAGCAGAUUCCUGUCCCUUUUGAUGAUUUGGACAAGUUUCUAAGAUCGACCAGGACAAAUUCUCAAUCUCAUUCUCGCUUUCACCAUCAAAAUGGACAAUUCGGACAAAGUGAGAGCCUGGCAAGGACAUUUCUAUCAAAAUUUUCAUCGUCAAAGAAUCAUCAGCAACAAAAGACAGAAGGCGUGAUCACCAACUUGUCUAACAUCUUUGACCAGCUUCGGAAAGCUUUUGAGAGUUGUCCUGAAAUUGAACAGGUGGCAGUUGUCUUUGGAGCAACUGUGGUGAGUCCAAAAGAAUCCUAUGUGAUAAACUUCCCGCCCCCUUGUGCUGAUGCAGAUUGUUUGCCGUUCUUAUCAUGCAAGAGAACCCUAUUCAAACAGAUCAUUGAUAAGGACAUCCUUGGAGUAAUGAGACAUGAUUUAUCGCCUACCAACAUGAUGUUGCUGUUAUCAGCUCCUCGGACUUGUCCUGUCCAGUGGUUCCUCCCAAAGAUAUCUCUUGGCGCCCCACAGCGAGGAAAUGUUAUUUCUUUCAAUUUUUACUGUUCAUAUGUUGUGCCCUUCUGUCAUGAUUUAACGUUCAACGGCGAUGUCUCAGUGCUGUCAGGUAUAGAGCUACUUGACUGCUCUCAGUGCCAACAAGAAGACCUUCAAACCCCAGCAGGGACAGAAGGUGAUGGGCAUUGUGCGGCUAAUGGUGUUCUUCCGGUAAAAUGUAAAAGGACCUUAAUCCCGGAGAUCGGAGUCAAUGGAGUUCGUGUUGGGGCAGCUGCGGAGCAUGAAUCGUCAAAUGGAAAUGCUUCCAGUGAAGAAUACUGUUUGACUUCUCAAUGCACUCAUGUAGAGCAGAGUGUCAAUGGGGUUGCUUCACGGACUUCUUGCCACAGUUGCUCUGGAAGAGACGCUGCAUCAGAGGCCAGUGUUUCCACGAGAAAAUGUCAACGCAGGUCUUUCUCUGGCCUCAAGGAUGAGACUGGCGGUGGUGUGAAGGCAUUGGAGCAUGUACAUUUUGCAUCCCCUCGUGUGGCUCUCGUUGGAAGGCAAAGUGAUUCUCAGACGUCAUCUGUGGACUGCAUCUGGUAUCAGAGCCCAUUGACAGUUAAAGGCUUUAAGGUUUCUUGAUGUUUUUCAGAGCAUUCAAGUUACCCUCAGCCGCUUGCCGAUUGUAGUUUCCCCGAUUGCUUUGUAAUAUUUUCCUACUUGUUGUCAUCACGGCUUUGCUAGGACAUGCUGUUUGCUCCAAUGGUAUCGUGCUAGGCUAUGGUGUGUAUGGUCCUGGCUCCAAUCUGUAAUUGGCUGUUCUUGAAUUCAAGAAAGUUUUCAAGGAUCUCUACCGACUUGGAUCAGUUCUAUAACUAUCAGAUUAGAACAUUGAAAUCAGGGGGUACAACAAAUUUUAUAACCCGACAGUGUCAACACACAUUCAUUAAUAAUAUUUUAUGGGUUUUGCUAUGCAGUAUGUGGUGGUAAGGCACCACUGGCAAGUUCUACUUCUUUUCUUUCCCUCUAUUGUUUUUGUGUAUCUAUUUUAUUUCUUACAUACUUGAUUAUAUCUAGUUAAGUGUUUUUCUUUGCUCAAAAUGCACUCUACUAUGUAGGAGAGUUUUUGAAAGAAGAAAUGUUUUCUUUGCAUGCUCAGCAUCAUCAUAUUUCAAUAGAAAUAAAUCAUUUGAAGGAAAAUACAAAUCCAUGCAAAAGUAAUUUCAAACUAUUCAUAAAAACUUUCCCGCUGACAAAUUGCCACUCUUGUCUUGCUCAUCCCAGUGUUCCUUGUAACAGAUGUGAAUUUGUUUUAAAGAAUGAUUUUUAAAAAUCAGGCUUCGGAUUGUUCAUUUUGGAUGUUUGUACAGCCCAAGUGUCACAAUCAACUGAAAUAUAUUGAUUUUUGCCUUGUUUCCUAUUCAGUACUGCAAUACUGCUCGCUGGGCGAGUGUAGUCUACUUUCAUAAUUGUUAGGUUACUCUGAAUCGAUCUCAUGUCAUUGAUAUAUAGAUAUAUCUGCGUUAUUGUUGAAAUAUUUUAUCACUUCACCCGAAUUUGAUGCUGUUGUCUUUCAGACAUGAUAAUUAAUUAAACAAUUAUAGUUUUAAGUACCAUAUUUGUAUGGCAUGAUGAAUAACUGUGUGCAAGUGAAAUGAAGGCUGUGCCUGACCAUCUGAUACUUUUAGAUGCUAAACUACAACCGAGUUUUAUCACUUCAAUCAUUCUUUCUUACUCCUCCCUGAAGUUUUUUUGUGCAGAGGAGGCUACAACAAAUAUAAAACAGUGAAUGAAUUUCUUUCUAAACUAUAAAAUAUCUUUAACAUGACUAUGUUUGUAGAGAAAUAAGUGUUGUUGUCAUCUUACAAGUAAUAAUCUGUACAUGCAGUAGAACAUGACUAUAGCGGCACCCGCAGCAGCGGGACCGUACCGGAAUCCUCCUUUCUUUUCUAUGUAAACUCAAUUACCUGUGCUCGGGUUUAACGGGGCGGGGAAAGGCCCGAACUUGGAUGCAGCGGGAGAGAUUGAGUGAGCUCUAGCUUGGGGCUGUAGGCAGACUCCAAACUGGCAGUCAGCGGUGCGACGUUGUGAUUGGUCAGUCCAGUGAUGAGUGAGGUGGCGCCGGCGGCAGAGAGAGAUGGUUACGGAGAGACGCGUUACAUGAGCCACUCCAAAAGUGAUGUGCCAUAGUUUAGACUCUCAGUAUGAGAGCGUAUAGGCCUUAGCCCUAGAUCUAGGCCUAGACUAGGCCAAAAGUAAAAGAAGAGGAGAGCUUGUAGACCUAGUGUGUGAUUCCCGAUUCAUUGAAUUGUGAUCUUUGAUGCUCAGGCAUACACACGCAUCCACUUCACCAGUUCUACAGUUGGCCUACCGGUACAAUAGACAGCACAAGCAACAAGACUGAGGAAAAGAUGGCUUCCAACAAAGUCAAAAGAAAAUAGUUUCUCACUCGAAUUGAAGGCCGAGAUAAUCAACGAAGUUGACAAGAAAAGGAAGACUAAUCUAAAGGGCAAAUUUUAUUUAUAUGCAAGGGAGGUAAUCAUGCGAAUUUUAUGGAAAAUUUUUUCUGUGAUUUCCCCUUUGCAUUCCUAUAGUGGGAACUUGCCUACAGCGGGAUAUUUCUUCUGGAACCAAAAGUCUCGCUAUAGCCGUGUUUUGCUGCAUUAACUGAAUAUUAAUGCAAAAGAUGUUAAUAAUAACGAAUCUUAAGAGAAAUAGGUUUAUUAUGUGCUUUUGCUGUCACCGUACAUAAAAUGUCAGCUGAUCAAC